AUGUAGCUAAAACAAGCCGAUGUUGCUUCAGGGUAUUUCGUUUCCUGGUGCGUGAAAUAUUUGUAAAAUUAUUGAAUGACUACUUGUGAUGUUGUUAUUUACGUUUACGUCAGUUUAUUUAUGUGUAGUGCAAGAGUAUCCACCCAAAGGCGAUAUCUUCUAUCUCAGAAACCGGAGCCGAUAACUGCAUCCGUUCACAUCGACGCAAUUAAAGACCAAUAUGACCGUAUAGCGUGGCCUCACCAAGUUUGGUGACCAAUAUGGCUGAAAGAUGGGGAUUGCCCGAUAUUAGUUAGCAACAGUAUGUUGGAUGUGAACUCAAGUGAAAUUUCAGUUUCUUCUGAAAUAUCGACUUAUAAUAUUGUUCUUGGAAUAGUGGAUUUGUUUCAAGCAAUAUUUAUAUGUGCCGGUAAUUCGUUGACAAUAAUUGCCGUGUAUAAAACACCAUCACUCAGAAAGAUUCCUAACAUGCACGUCGUAUGUUUGGCGAUUGCUGAUUUUUUGUCAGGAGUCGUGUUGUUUUAUGAAUUUCUAUUGCGAUUAACAGCUCUAAGAUUGGAAAAGAAUAUAUAUUUGUGUUUAUCUGUGUAUGUGGGCUUAUAUAUAACGGUAUAUGAGUCAGUUCUAAGUAUGUCACUACUUACAUUUGAUCGUUUCCUCUAUAUAUGUCACCCGUUUAAAUACGAACGUUUUGUGACUGCUAGGUCGACAAAAGUAUCCAUCAUUUUAUCUUGGAUAUUAGCUAUAGUGUACGGGUUUAGUCCAAUGAUGUUUUAUUCAAGUGACAACACGGAGUGCACAUACGGCGUUAUACCAAAGGAAUUUCACUACUAUGGAAAAGGCAUUGCGUUUUUUGUACCGCUAGGAUUGUGUCUAGGAUUACAUAGUUAUAUUUUAAAGGUGGCUGUUACGCAACAGCGGAAAUUACGGAAGACACUUAAUCUUCCAUUAACGCUAAAUAUAAAAAGAAAGCCGGCAGUGACGCCAUUUACUAAUUAUCUUAAGAUAAUGCGAAUGUUUUUGUUGGUUUAUUGCCUGUUUUUUGUAUGUUGGUGCCCUUGGGUAAUAAGCUCGAUUCUGCGAGAGACCCAUGAUAUUAGUGAUCAAGUAAUGGAUUUGUUGGCCCUGCUGGGUAUGUGUAAUUCAGGUUUCAAUUUUGUGAUAUAUGUGCUACUUAACAAAGAUUUUAGAAAGACUUUUAAGAAGAUGUUUUCAUUUAAGACAAAUAUUUCUAGUAUAUUCUCUGGGGCGCCACCACCUAUCACAACAAGCGAACGCCUUUAAAUUUGGUCGCUGCAGUUUUUUUACAGAUAUAUUAUUUUAUAUCUAAUUUACAUUAGUUUCACUCAUGCACGACCCGAAGUGAAAUGUACGGUUGACGCGAAGUGUAAACAUGAAUCAAUUAAUGUAGAAUAACUGCAACGGCGGAGUUCCCCCAUUAAUUAACUUA